AUGCGAGGCUGCAGCCCAACUCCUGGCCAAGUACCGCCGAAAGCGACCAACAGCACGCAGCUCCCGAUGCCGCCGGACCCGCCCCGCGGGCUGGGAGGCUGCCAAGGCGCGGGCGCGCCAGAGGGCGGGGAACGGACGGACCGAGCCCAGAACCGGAAGUGCCUCCCGCCGGAACUGCCUGGAGGUCCCGCCCCCACAAGGAACUUCGGUUGCUGGGCAACCGGUGCAGGCACAGCCUGCUGGUUCUGGGCUCCCCCGAGCAAGCUGGCUGUGGCUGCCACCUCCAGCGCUGGCAGCCUCCAUUCCCCUCCAUCUCUUUGCGUGCCGCUUCUGCUCGCGUCGCUAAACCCUUGCCGUUGGCACUACUUACAGCUCUCCGCCUCCCACGUUUUCUUAGUGCCCACCUGCUGCAAAGCCCAGCUCCAGCACGGGCGAGGCAGUCGGAUUCCGGACCCCGCGCCGGACCGCAGCUCUUCAGCCAUGGCCACCUACACCUACACCAGCCGACCCCGGGCCCUGACCUGCCAGCGCCGCCGUUAUCGGGACAGCCUGUUGCAGCCAGAGGAAGAGCCUGUGCGUUACGGAAACAUAAUGUAUGACAGGCGAGUGAUCCGAGGCAACACAUACGCGCUACAGACAGGGCUGCUGCCUGGGCAGCCUGAUCCCGUUGAUGCACAGAGACAGCAGCAGGCUAAGAAACGGGCUCUGGCCAAAAAACGAGCUCAAAAUCAGUUCAGAUCGCGGACACCGGAACCCGUAGAAGGCAGGAAGCACGUGGACGUGCAGACAGACUUAUAUCUUGAAGAAAUUGCUGACCGCAUAAUAGAAGUUGAUAUGGAAUGCCAAACAGAUGCAUUUCUCGACAGACCACCAACACCACUUUUUAUUCCUGCCAAAGCUAACAAAGAUGUGGCCACUGAAAUACUAGAAGGAGAGCUCUUUGAUUUUGAUCUUGAAGUUAAGCCAAUGUUAGAAGUUUUGGUGGGCAAGACGAUUGAGCAGUCGCUACUAGAGGUGAUGGAAGAAGAAGAGCUGGCCAGCCUGCAGGCCAGCCAGUAUGCCUACGAGGAAAUGCGCAAUGUUGAGUUGGCUGAAGUCCAGCGACUGGAGGAGCAAAAGAGACGACACCAGGAGGAAAAAGAGCGUCGCAAGCAGCAGCAGUGGGACAUAAUACACAAGCAAAACGAGACGGCGCAGAAGGUGGCGGCCUGUGCGUUUGCGCAGCGCUACUUGGCCGACCUGCUCCCGUCCGUGUUUAGCAGCCUCAGGGAUAGCGGCUACUUUUACGAUCCCAUUAAAAGAGAUAUUGAGAUAGGAUUUCUCCCAUGGCUAAUGAAUGAGGUUGAAAAAUCCAUAGACUACAGCAUGGUAGGAAGAACAGUGCUUGACAUGUUGAUUCGUGACGUGGUUGAAAAAAGACUGAAUAGUUACGAGCAUAAGGACGGACCUCCACCUUCAAAAUGGGAGGAUAGGCCUGAUACUCCUGGAACACUGAGAGAUUCCUUAGCACGCUAUGAACUCCAAGAGCCAAGCACACUGCAGGCCCCGUGGCCGGUAUCAGACACAGAGUACCUGCAAACAACAGCAAGUGACAGAGGGCCACCAACCCAAGAAAGGAAGCCCACAGGAGAGGAAGAGCUGUUGGGGCAGGAGGAAGACUCAGAAAUGAGGCUAUCCUUCGAGAUGGAUGACCCAGGGGGCAUGCCAGAGCUGUGAAACCCAUCAGCAGCCAAGGCAACAGCUCCCAGUCAGGUACUGGGGCAGGAGGCCCCAUGGCAAUAGCAGUCGCACUGCAUCUAGUCAACGUGCCUUCCUGUCUAUGGACUGAGUAUAUCAAAUGUGAUAAAAUAAUAAAAUUA